UCAGAGCAAGAUAGAGGAAAAGCCAAGUCUUGACUAUGAGGAGAUAACUCCAUGCCUGAAGGACAUCACUAAAGACUGGGAACAGCUGCUCCAGGCAAGCGAUCGUCACACCAGCACAAUAGAGCCGAGGAAACUGUUAAACUGUGUAAAACAAGGUGUUCCAAAGAAUCACCGAGGUGACAUCUGGUGGCUGUUGGUUGAACAACACCAGCUCCAUUACCCCGGGACCCACGCCAACAUGCCGUCCCGCGACUACAAUGAGCUGCUGCGUGAACUCACUGAGUACCAACACAACAUCCUAAUAGAUCUGGGUCGUACUUUCCCCGGCCACCCCUACUUUUCUACCCAGCUGGGACCGGGACAACUGGUGCUGUACAACCUCCUCAAGGCAUACAGUCUGCUCGACAAAGAAGUUGGUUACUGUCAGGGCCUCAGCUUCAUCGCUGGCAUCCUCAUCAUGCAUAUGGAUGAAGUCCUUGCCUGGGAGACAUUGCGUCACAUGAUGUUCAACCUUGGACUUCGGCGACAAUUUCAGCCCAAUAUGAUGCCCUUACAGAUAAUGUUGUACCAGCUGACGAGGUUGAUCCACGAUAACUAUAGGGAUCUCCACGACCACUUUGAGGACUACGAAAUCGCUCCAAACCUCUACGCCACGCCCUGGUUCCUCACACUGUUCGCCUCUCAGUUCCCUUUAGGAUUCGUCGCCAGAAUGUUUGACCUGUACCUGAUGCAGGGAGUAGAGGUGCUACUCAAGGUUGCUCUUGUAUUGCUAGGCAACCACAAAGAGCUCAUCCUGCAAUGUGACUCAUUUGAGGGCAUUGUAGAAUUCAUAAAGACAACACUUCCAGAAAUGGGCAUCAUACAAAUGGAGAGGGUCAUCAACCAGGUGUUUGAGUUGGACAUCACCAAACAGCUGCAUGCUUAUGAGGUAGAGUACCACGUCCUGAGGGAGGAGAUGAUGUACUCUCCGUCCAAAGGUGAGGCUGACAUCAUCCACAAACUGGAGGAAGCCAAUCAGAACCUGAAGCACCAGAACGUGGAGCUGCUGGAGAAGCUUCAGUACUGUAACAGUCAACAGCGUAGUCUGGAUAGCACCAUACACAGCCUACAGACAAAGGAGGCCAAGCUUAAGUCGCACAUCAAGACACUGGAGAUUGAGCGCAAAGCUCUGCUUAAUGCUGUUACCAAACUCAAACAACUGGUGUCUGAAGAUGAAUUUCAAAAGUUGGACAUUUGUUUACCUCCGAUGGCUCCUAGUCUGCCAUCGUCACCAUGUCAUCAGCCAAUUGGGGGUGCUAGUGCAGCCAUGCGGACUAUAAAUAAUAAGUUGGCAGUGAAGCGUGAUUCUCACUGACCUUGACUGAUCUACGUAUUAAUUAGUGUAGCAUUAUGGUGAUGGAAAGGCAGAGCAGGUGAAUGUGGAGUGGAUGAAUAUAAGAACAAAUGUUUUCUGCUGAUGUGGUGAUAAGUGAUGAUUUCGUUGAGGAUAUCUCUCUAGCGAUACUUUCUCUUCUUGAGUAACCAUAGCAACUUCAUGAUGAUUCCUCUAGCAUUACUCUCAAGUAACCAGGACUUGAAGCAGCUGUCCUUAAUUGUGCCGUGGCCUCUAUGUAGAUGGUGGCUUCUGCUAAUUUGCUUAAAUUUUGUUUCAAAAAUAUGAAAUAAUUGAUAAUUGUCGUCACUAGUGUUGUUAAGCUUCUUUAUAUCAAAUUAAAAUCAAUGUUAUUUUUUCAAAAUUAGAACUGAAAACAAAAACAUAGCAUUUGUUACAUCACACUCCCAUACAUUUAUUGAUUUGUGUUGAAUUAAAUGUUCUUACCAUUCUCAUAUACAGUGCAAUCGAUAUAUAUUGGACAGUAAUAAUUAAUGUUAAAUUUCUUUCUCAAUUGUAUUAUUUUUUCUAUAAAUUAGUGCAAUCAUGUUGGACUGUAUAUGUUUUGUAAGCUUUGUAAUCAUGCAAAGUGGAAUGAAAAGUAUGAAGUUUAACUAUUUUAUUGAUUUGAUAUCCUCCUCUGUAAACAGUGAUAGUUUGUAAUAUUUACUCGACUGAUUCUUGUUACCUUAGCAACUGUUGAUUGUGGCUAGCUUAACCAUAUACAGUUAGGGACUGUUGUGAAUCCUCAACAUCUGUAAAAAAUUCCUUUCACCAGAAAGCAUGCUCUUUGGACAUUUUCGUUGAGGAGGUCUCUAUCUGGACCCUUUUGAGGAACUUAAAUAUGUUCAAAGAGGUUAAGUUAUUGCGACAUGAAUCUCCUUUUUAAAACAGUUCUGCUCUAGUAAACCUGUGAAAUGUGCUUAUCAUUGACAGAUUGUAAAGACUUACCACACAUUUGAGAUUCACACCAAUGCCUGCAUUUAUUGCUUUGCAUUAAUUUCCAAUAAUUAGAUUGUGCUAAUUAAGGUGUUAAGACAAUUCACAAUUGUAAUCAGUAAGGGAGAUCACUCUUACACAAACUUUUGCUUAUCCUGGUUAAAAUGGUUCAGGUGGUGCUGAAAUAUUCCAUUAUUGAUACACGAAUUAGACUGGAAGUUUGACAACCAUAUAGGUAGAUCUAAAAAUACAAUUUCGGGUGUGUUUUUUUAGAAAUAAAUAACAAUAAACCAGGAAUUAUAUGUUCUUCUUUUACCAGUGUAUUGAAUCUGACAACACAUUCUGAAAUGUAUAUUUGAAUCGAUCUUAUAAUGUUUUAUGUAAAACAAUACUACAAACUAACAAUUAUUGGACAUUUUAGUAUUUUUUUACAUGUAACAUCUUGAACCUGGAUAAGCACACAACAAUUAUUGCAGAUAUCAGUGUCAGCUCUGAUCUGUGCCUGUCAUUUUCUUUUUAGUUUUUGCCAGUUGAAACAUUUGAACUGUCAGCAAAAGUGUGUAAGGUUAAUGUGUAUGGGAGAUACCUCUAACACAACUCACAAGGAUAAAGAAGCAUGUAUCUUAGGUGAUGAAUCCUAUUCUAGAAAACUCACACUGACUGACUUGAAAGAUGUGCCGACACACACAGUUGCACUAACCUUAUAUCCCUAUUUGAUACAUACACUGAUAUUUUGUCUUGCAAUUUCUUUUGUAUAAAUCAUUUUCUUCUGAGGAAUUUUAUUUUACAUUAUAAAAAUAUGCUGCUGAAAUAUACAAAUGUUUCCAUUGUAGUUUACCAUUUAUUAUUCUUUAUGCUUUUGGUUCCUUUUACCAUUAUAAGUUGUUAUUGUUUACAUGAAACCAUAUGUCGCCCAACCAGGUUAUUUUGAGACAAUAUGCCUUUGAUAAUGUUUACAGUCUUUUCAUGAAUGUGAUAGAAUAAAAUUUAUUACAUACUUACUAAUAAAUACAGGUUUUUAACUAGCCUGACCUGAAGGGCCAAGUGAGCUUAUGGCAUGGUGCGCCCUCCGUCCGUCCUCCGUCUGUCCUCCGUCCAGCGUCAACUUUUUACUUUAAACAACUUCUUCUGAAUAACCAAGAGGCCCAGGCUGAUGAUAUUUUGCCAGUAGC